CGCCAAUUAAUAAAAGCAGAGGAUCAGACGAAGCAAGUAAGUUCGUUAGAAAUAAGAUAACCAAAAGGUCCAAAGCUACUCCAAUUAGUGCUGGUCCAAGCCAAAUAACACUCUAACCGGAAUACAUUUAAUACUAACCGGAAAAUCAACUUUUUAAAGUUUAGACCUAACCGGUUUGGUUCGAUGACAGGUGCUUAAAUAGUAGUACACGACAAUCUCUCUCUUACUUGUCUUCCCGACAAUAAGAGAGAGACACCAAAUGAACCGAACAAAGAAGCUGGUGGCUUCGAUCUCCACCUUUUUAACAAGACGAACCUCUCAUCCUUCUUCUUCGUCUACUCUCCGAUUCAAUCCACUCGCAACGUUCGCGACUAAUCCACAAACCAACUUGACUCGCGAAUCUCUGCAACCUCCUCCUUCGCCGGCUAAACCCUUGACGAUACUCCCAUUUUCCGGGAGAGCAUUCUGCUCUGAGUCUUGCGACAAGAGAAGCUCCUCCGUGUGCUGGAACUGCGGUUUCUCGUCUGAAAAGGCUGCGUUUUUGUUCUGCCACUCGUGCCGUAGCAUUCAACCUGUUGAUGAUUCCGUCGACUACUUUCAAAUCUUUGGCCUGGAGAAGAAGUAUGAGUUAGAUGGUGGAAGCCUUGAAGGGAAGUACAAAGACUGGCAGAAGAAGCUGCAUCCUGAUUUAGUUCAUAACAAAUCUCAGAAAGAAAGAGAUUACGCAGCUGAACAGUCUGCAAAGGUGACUGAAGCAUGCCGCACAUUAACCAAGCGGCUGUCAAGAGCAAUGUAUUUGAUGAAGCUGAACGGCAAAAAUGUGAAUGAAGAAGAAACAGUAACAGAUCCAACGUUGUUAAUGGAGAUGAUGGAACUCAGAGAGGCCAUAGCAGAAGCAGAUGAUUCAAAAGAGUUAAACCAGAUCCAGUCCCAGGUACAAGAGAAACUGAAGCAAUGGUCUGAUUCUUUUGCCGACGCCUUUGAAAGCGAGAGGUUUGAUGAAGCUGUAAACUGUAUUCGGAGAAUGACUUAUUACGAGAAAGCUUGUGAAGAAAUUGUGAAGAAGCUAUGAGGAAAGGAAAGCAGUCCCUCCCUUGAACCAUUCUUUUUGUUCGUUUAUUUAUUAGCCUUGCCCAACUAAAGUAUCUUCUUAGCUUCAUGUUUUACUUUUUACUUAUAUUUAACUGAAGAGGUUGUAAUAAAGAACAUGGACGGAUACGUUAUUAAGAAAAGGAUUUUAUUUGGUCAGCAUCA